UGAAAAUCCAAAACAGCUGGCAAUACUUGUGCUAAGAUCCAACCACUUCAAUGCAAGUGUACCCAGAAGUCUGUGCCGUCUCCAAUCUCUUCAACUGUUGGACCUGUCCUUGAACCACAUCUCAGGGACUCUUCCUAACUGUCUCUCUAAUCUCACUAAAAUGGCUGUCCAUGAACAACAUCCCAGUGCCAGCAUUUCUUAUUUCAUAACAGGUAAAUCCUAUGGUAUUGAUGAAGCCUUUAGCCCAGAUGACGAAACAAUAGAUGUUGUGUGGAAAGGUAAGGUCACUGAAUUCCGAAGUACAUUAAGACUCGUAAAGAGUAUUGAUCUAUCAUCCAACAUGUUGAAUGGGGAAGUUCCUACUGAAAUCUCAUCGCUUGUUGGGUUGGUUUCUUUGAACUUAUCUCGAAACAACCUAAUGGGACAGAUUCCUUUAAGGAUUGGUAACUUGGCAAACUUAGACUCUCUUGAUUUGUCUAAUAACCAUUUGUCUGGUUCCAUUCCUCAAAGCCUUGGCCUGAUUUAUGGCAUAAGUGUUCUCAAUGUGUCCAACAAUAACUUAUCAGGAAAAAUUCCGAAAGGCACACAACUUCAGAGCUUUAAUGCAAGUGCAUACAUAGGGAAUCCCGAGCUAUGUGGAGAUCCACUCCCGAACAUCUGUCCAGGAGAGGAACCAAUUCAUCGUUCUCCACCUCGACUCAGUGAAAAAGAAGAAGAUGGUGCUUCUAAUAGAGAAGAAACGAAUACAAUUUUUGGUGGUGAGUUUUAUGCAAGCAUGGUGAUCGGAUAUGCGGUUGGAUUUUUGGGAGUUGUUGGGACAAUACUAUUCAACAGGUCAUGUAGGUCUGCAUAUUUCAAAGUCCUUCAGGAUGUUGCUAAUUGGGCUUAUGUUGUGGCUGCAAUCCAUAAGGCAAAGUUUGUGAGAAGAAUUGGGGGUUAACAGUGGCAUUUCUAGAUCAGAGAUCUGCACUGGUUCUCCCUGAGGAGGCAGUGGCGAUGCAGCGGGGAGGGGGAAGGAGUGACAUUCGUGCAGAUAAGGCACAAUGGCUCUAGAUAAAGUGGUGGUGAUGUUGGAUGAGGCGGCAGGUAGCACGGCGCGGCGCCAUUGGUGCCAGUCGUGGCAGCAAAGAUGACGGCGGUCUAGUCUCUAGUGCCAGACGGCUGCGCCAUUAUCUUUUGGUGCAGGAGAAAAUGAAGAAGAGAACAAUGAAACCAGCUUUUCCCGACAAUGAAAAAGAAAACACACCUGCAAGUGUGGUUUUAAAUGAUAGCCCGGAAGAAUACGAUAAAGUAAGCUUGUUAAGGGCCAAACAGGAAGAGAAGGAAAAGAACUUGCAAACGUCUACAGAGAAAACGAGAACCUGAACCAACAAAUGAACAAAAAGGCUAUGGAGGCAUCAUCAGCCAAGGUAAAGGAAUAAGAAACUACUCUCCAUUUGAAGCAGGUUAAAGAAGAGCUGGCAUCAAAAUGUUCGGCGAUCUCUGGAGAAAGAAGAGCCAGAAAUAAUAAGGGUAUUAUAUCUGGUUUUUGUUUCAUUAUUUUUCUUUUCUAUCUGUUGCAAUUAAACAUGACUUUGGUCAGAUUCCAUUGUAAAUAGGCUUGGCAAUUGGUAUCUAAAAAAACAAAAUUCAUUGUUUAUAUAUUUAGAUUGAAAAUAAAAUAGUUUAUUUUUCAUGGUGUUCACCCGUCAAGGAGUGAAGGAGCUGCCAUGAAAUAUAUUUUGAC